AUGGAUGGCAUGAUGUAUCAACUGAACUUAUAUGACGCGGAUGGGGCACGUAGAGAACUACAUGAGGAUUAUACAGGAGCUGAUGACAGUUCAAUUUAUGGUUGGAGUGGUAGGGAUGAUGAUUAUAAUUACGAGACACCUACAAAUGAAUACAUACCUCAAACCCAAGGAAAAAAUACCCAUUUACCAGAUACAUCAUUUAUUGAUCCUGAAGAAAGAUAUGGAGAUGUCCCAAAUGCAGCAGCAGACGAAACAGAAAGAGGUGUCCCAGAUGCAGCAGCAGACGAAACAGAAGGAGAUAUCCCAGCAGAAAUGACGCAACAAAUCCAUGGCCGUUCGGGCAGACAGACUAUAUGUGCAACUUCGUAUAGUAUUGGAUGA